AUUUUAUUGUGACAUCACAACUAUCCGUGACUUGAAAGAGACAACAAAAUGUGUGCAGUGCAAUUUUAUAUCGUCAGCGCACUUGUCGCGGUAGCGUCAGCGUCAGCAUCAGCUCAGCAACAGCAAUGGAGCUUCUAUCCCGAAAUGCAGCAGCAGAUGCAGCAGUACCAGAUCCAACAGCAGGACCAACAGUUCCAACCGAGCGACUACUCUGGAGGCUAUGACUUUGGCGGUUCUGAAGGAGGACACGAUGACCUUGGCGGUCAUAGCUUCGGAGGCCACGACUUCAAGGCCCACUCCUACCCCGUCCACCAGCACGUGGAAGAAGAAAACCCCGAGCCCAUCAAGCACUAUAAAGAAAUUGUCGUCCCUGUACCCAAGAACGUAGAGUUCAAAAUUAACCAGCCAGUCCUGAUCCCUGUACCCCACCCAGUCCCAAUUCAAGUGCCCGUCCCUAAGGCCGUCGUCAUCCCCAUCAUCAAAGAAGUGUCCAUCCCUGUGGAGAAGUCAGUCCCGUACCCAGUAGAGAAAACCGUUCACGUGCCUAAAAUCAAAGAGGUGCCUUUUGAGGUGAUCAAGCACAUCAUUGUGCCUGUAGAAAAGCCUGUGCCUUUCAAGGUGCCUGUUUACGAAACCAUCAUCCACACCAAGAAGGGAUCCCACAAGAUCUAAGUUGAGUCAUUGUAAAAGUUGUGGCACUUUUUUAAAUCGAAGAACUAAACUUAACUCUUCAUUAAAACAAAUCUGUCUCUACCAAAUUCAAAGAAAUUAAACAGAAUGUUUUAAUACAGAAUUAGGAUUCACUUAGAUUUAAAAGAGUGCUUCAAAAAGUGAAAGCAUUUAAAAUGUUGUAGCAUUUAUUUUUUUACAGCAUUUAAAUGUUGUUGUACCUGCGGGUUGCUGUUGUACCUUGUUGCCUUGUUGCUGACUGAUGUGUGACUGCUGUGUGAUCGAGUUGUAUGUUUGUUGUUGUUAAUUUUAUUUCUUACUUUUAAGUGUUGCCUAUUAUUUCUAUUUUAAU